UUAUCUAAUUCGGAUCAUCCAUCUCAAAAGCUUCUCGUUUCGUUUCAUCUAAUUGUAGCCAUGUCUCAGACCGUUGUCCUCAAAGUUGGUAUGUCAUGCCAAGGCUGCGUUGGAGCCGUCAACAGAGUCUUGGGGAAAAUGGAAGGGGUUGAGUCAUUUGACAUUGACAUAAAAGAGCAAAAGGUGACAGUGAAAGGUAAUGUUGAACCUGAAGCAGUUUUUCAAACAGUUUCAAAGACUGGAAAAAAGACUUCUUACUGGCCUGUGGAAGCUGAGGCUGAGCCAAAAUCUGUGGCCGAGCCUAAGGCUGAGGUUGAGACUAAGACUGAGGUUAAGGUUGAUGCAAAGGCUGAUGCUGAACCAAAACUCGCAGAAGCUUAGACUAAGCCAUCGCAAGUUUACAUACUAAAGAUGUCAAUGAGGCUUUUUAUCCGUGUUUGCAAUGCUUCUUUUAUCGUUGGCCUAUGUAUUGUAAGAACAAAGAGAUUUAUGGUUUCUCUAUAUACCUAAUACUUUUCAACUAUUGAAAACAAGAUGUUGGAAACCCAUGUUCUUCCAGCUUCUUUUUUAUAAGUUUUUAACUGAUAAAAUACUACGGGAAUUAAUAUUAA